CGUUGAGGCAGGGCGGGUUGUGGGAACGACUCCAAGAAUCAAAGAUCUGUCCGUCUUGGGAGAGACUUGGGCCAUCGGAAGACUCCGAAGUUCAAUCUGAUGGCUACUUAUCUCUCCAUGAUAGCCAUCACUUGCAAAUCCUCCGGAGUCGGCGUGCCUUGAAGAGGAAAAAACUUCAGGGAAAAUGCGCUAGCUAGUUGGUCAAGGACGUGGGUCUCAGCUGGACUCGGUGUCUCUCCUUUUUACCAGUUGCAGCCAUCGGUAACACAUCCCCGAGCUGCGUCCCAGGCUCAGUUCAACGAUGUCCAACUUCUGUGCUCAAUGCAGCACAUGUGAUCACGCCACAUCGCGCAGACUGAUAUGCGGUGUUUCCACGCUUUCGCCGUGACAUACAUAAGUUCAGUCCCCCACAUCACUCUUUUCAAUGCCCUCUCGGACUCCCUCCGUCACCCGUGCGCCUGAAUGACACCCGAAGAGACGGCUACGCUCCGGAAUAUUGGGUUGGACCUGAUCAAGUCCUUCGUCGCAAUAGUGAAUGAGUCCAUACUUCUCACGAUCUACGGCGUGCUGGUCUUGAAGGCAUGCUCUGUGCUGCUCCGAAAAGAAUGGCGCAGGACUCCUACCCUGCUGACCAUCAUUGCCUUGCUCACGAUGUUCGCCGUAUGCGUGGUUCUCUGGGCGCUGGAUAUGGCCAACUUCAUCAUGGAGGUGAAGUUGAGCAUGGUUAUUGACCUGGACCUUGCUCUCGACGCGAGAUUCCAUAACGCACUAGCCUUCAUCCUCAAACUAGCCGCAGCCCAGGAUGCACUGUAUUCUUAUCUGUCUUUGAUCGGUGACGCCAUUAUCAUUUGGCGGCUAUGGAAUCUUCGCACAUAUUUCCCACGUUGGGUGAUCGUCCUUCCCCUCGCGUCUCUUCUCGGCUCGACAGUGGUGACGGUACUGCUGACGUACUGUGUCGGAGCUGUGGGGUCCGAAAUCGUGCUUGGGACAUUCCAAAACCCAGAACUUUGCCGGAAUGUGCAGAUCUCGACUUAUGCUAUGGCCUGUGCGACCACGACACUUGCCACAGGGCUGAUUGGAGCAACCGCUUGGUCGUACGCUUCCGGUCUCAAAUCGAUGACGUCCGACCCUGGAAAAUCCUCCUGGCAGACAGGUUCGGGUCGGAAUCGGCGAGUCCGGUCCCAAGGCGAGAGCAUACUGGUCCUCAUGAUCGAAUCGGGGCUGUUCUAUUUCUUGUUCUUCACGAUUCAACUCGUGGGUGACGUCCCCCGGGUCCAUCGCUUCGUCACGGCGAACAACGUUUUGUCGUUUCUGUUCACGAUGUUUUCGUAUGCGACGAGCGUAAUAGUGGGAAUCUACCCAACUAUCGUCGUCGUAUUGGCUCAAACAAAAGCGGGAGUGCUGGAUAGCGCGCCAUCGGCUUCUGCCCCGAUCUCCAGCUUGAGAAUCGGAGGCUUACCAUCCGUCGCUCCCACAUCUGAAAGCGCCGGUGUCGCUUCCACCCAGCCGACAUACCACAUCGCAUCCAAGGAUUUCGAUGGGGACCAGUUUCCGUUGGAACAAAGAGCGCAAGCUGCUUCCACUGACCUACAUUCAGAGGGCAAAGUUAAUCUGUGAUAUUGUUCCCAGCGUUCGCAUUCGCAUUGUUGUCUGUAACAUAUUGUACGUAUAGAAAUACUGAAGAUAAGGAUACACGUUUCAGAUACAAAAUUAGUGGUGUGUGAAGUAGAAUAUGAGCGGUCAUGUCACAGGACCAAGACAGGGCGAAGACGAAGACCUAAUCCUCCUCCAUGCAGAUGAAGUCGGAAAACAUUUCGUCUGCGACCUGCGCACAACGAAACAUCAUCGAGGCGUCUUCCUCGGGAUCCAACGCCAUGCGCUCGAGCUGCUCUUCGUACGGGGGCAUAUCACAGUCUGGCUUCAGCGCAUAUGCACACGAUUGACGCCAGCUGUCAACGAGAUGGAUGGUCCUCCGGAGAGGCAAAACGCGUUCCCACUCCACUUCCGACACAGAGUCGGAAUCAUGCAUGGCGGAUUCACUCGCCCCUGCGUGCUGUGCGGCGCGGACGAGCGUGCCGUCCGGCGAAAACAGAGAUUGGUCCAGCAGGAAGGCGCUUCGUCCCAGGUUGGGUAAGAGCGGGGGCAGGGGUGCGACACUGAAUGUGUACUUCGAAGAUUGAGAUCGGCGGCGAGAUGACGGCGAGCGGGAGCCUGACACUUUGACAUUCAAGUUGAGGAAACGGCCAGGAGAGACUCGGGCCAUGAGUGCAGCUCGGGCGUCUGCUGGCUCUUUCGUGCGAUGCCUGCUGCGCGGAGUGGUAAUGCCCAUGGACGACAAGUCGCGAUGAGAACAGAAUCCGGUCUGCGGUUCCUGAGGGGUGGAAAGAGCGUAUAACAGUGGUCCCCGUCGAGGGUUUGGUGUAGAGGGAUAUGAUGGUCAGUUAUAUCAGAGGAUCCAGCAGCUUUGUUCGAUUGCUAGAGGGAAGGUCUUUGUGUGAACACCAGCCGAGUUCCCUUCCACAGUCUUGCCGAGUUUCCACUGCAAAGGCGCGAGUGUGAUUGCGUAGAGUUUGAGAACAAAGCCCAUUUGCCACGAGUUCAGAUGAGCUGGAAGUGCCAUUCAGGAGAGAUCAAGACAGACAAGAGGACAAGAGACAAGGGACUGGUG